AUGAUUGAUCUCGCAGGAUCUAAUCUGUUUUCGACAUUGCUGUUGACUCUUGCAGCCAUCAGCUUGUACCCAGCAGUCACCCUAAUAUACAAUCUCUGUUUCCACCCUUUACGAAAAUUUCCAGGCCCGAUAUUAUGGAGAUCAAGUCGAUUACCAUAUAUUAUCUCUCUAGUGCGAGGUAACCUUGUAUUAGACCAGAUGAAAAUUCACGAAAUAUAUGGCGAUGUGGUUCGCUUGGCUCCAAAUGAGAUAUCUUUCACGAAGGAAGAAGCCUGGAAUGGUGUUUAUGUACAUCGACCGGGUCAUGCAGAUCCUACUAAAGAUCCUGUAUGGCACAAAGCACCGGAUGAGAUGCCCCAGAAUAUUGUUACGUCCCUUGACCUGGAGAGACAUGCUCGAUUUCGAAAAGCGCUCAGUACUUCAUUUACCGAGACUAGUCUGCGGAAUGAAAGUCCUUUGAUUGAAUCUUUUGUAGACUUACUUAUUGAUCGCUUAAAUGAAUUGGUCUUGAGUUUUACAUCCGAGGAAAGUAGCACAAUCAUGGAUAUCUUUCAAUGGGCUAGUUGGUUCACAGUCGAUGUCGUUGGUGGACUCGCGCUCGGCGAGUCUUUUGGUUGUUUAGCAAUUAGUGAACUUCAUCCCUGGGCAAACACCUUGAACAAUUUUCUGAAGGAAUGGUGUGAUGGAGAUGCAAAGAAAACACUCCGACCGGACUUUGUUGCCUCGUUUAUGAAGGAUAAUGUGGCUUUCCAUCAGAUUUCUUUGAAGGAAACUCAGUCGAACUUGGCCAUUCUAUUGGUGGCUGGAACAGACGCAACUGCAACAUCGAUAUCGGGAACGUUACUUUACUUGGUUCAGAACCCAGAAAAAUUGAGCAAACUUGUCUCUGAGAUUCGAGGGACCUUUUACCGCGAGGCGGAUAUCAAAAUUGCGAUACUACAUGGUUUUCUAUACUUCAAUGCGGUAAUAAAUGAAGGAUUGAGACUUGCGAAUCCGGUUCCGGGUGGUCUUCCUCGAAUUGUUCCCCCAGGUGGUGAAAUAUACGCCGAUACAUUCGUGUCAGCAGGAACAAGUAUAUCCGUCCGAUCCUACGCCAUGAGUCGCUCUGAGAAAUAUUUCUCUUGUCCAAAUGAAUUUCACCCAGAACGCUGGCUUCCGACAGGAAUUCGACCAUACGAAUUCGAAAAUGAUCAUCUCUCAGUGAGCCAACCUUUCAGCAUUGGUCACUCUAACUGUAUUUGUAAAAGCUUGGCCUGGGCAGAGAUUCGGCUUGUCAUUGCUAGGCUUCUGUGGGCAUUCGAUGUGGCUGAAACUGGGAAGCGACUCGAUUGGACAAAGUUGAAGACGUUGAUGAUUAUUCAGAAAGAGCCGAUAAUGCUCAGCAUUAAAAUCCGAGAGGGGAUUGGUGAACUCAGGAAAGCGGCGUAG